AUGGCGACUUCCACGACCAGACAAGCAGAGCUAAACUCGAUCUCGCUCGCCGGGCUUCUGGAGGGCAAUAUCGAUGCAGUGAAUGAACUGGUGUCUGCGUGCAAGGUCAACGGAUUUUUUUACCUUGAUUUCCGUGAUGUUUCCACAUCCAAGACGUUGAAGGAAGUCGAUGAGCUCAUCGAUAUUGGAAACUCCGUUUUCAAGCUACCGCUCGAAGAAAAGGAAGAGUACAGCACCGAGAAACAUCUGCCAUCCAGGCUUCAAGGAUAUAAACGAGCCGGCUGUUCUGUUGGGCCUUUUGCUGAGAAGAAGGACGGGUAUGAGAGCUUCUCGAUUCACAACAAUGGCGUCUUUGGGCAGGAUUCUCUGCAGCUCCCUCAGAGCUUCCAAGAAAACCUACCCUUGGUGAAGGCCUUCAUGAGUGAAGUCCACGACUACACCGACUGCAUUCUGUCCAUCCUCUCCAAGGCCCUUGGGCUUCCCGAUGACCUGAAAGACUGUCACCGCAAGGACAAGCCAUCUUCUGCCAACAUGGCCCUGCUCAAAUACCUGCCUUGGAGCAGCGACAGCGAGAAAGUUGGCAACAUGGCACACACCGACAUGGGGACGUUGACUGUGGUUUUCACCAAAUCCGAGGGGCUGCAGGCAUUAUUGCCUGGGCCUUCCGGAACAGACGAAUGGUCGUACAUCCCACCGCGGCCCGGACAUGCCAUUGUGAAUGUGGGCGACUCGCUGCGUUUCUUGUCCAAGGGAACUCUAGCGUCGUCCCUGCACCGCGUCGUGCCACCACCUCUGCCCCAUUCACCCGGGCAGGACAAGUUCUCAUGCAUCUAUUUCCUGCGGCCGGAAUUUGAUGCCAAGUUUACGGACAAUGCUGGGAGACAAAUCAAUAGCGUCGAGUGGCAUAAUCAGAAGUAUUCUCUGUUCCGCGAGGCGAGUCUUGAUCCGAAGCAGCAUGGCGCCAUGUUGACUGGGCGCAGAGGGUAUCUUGGGGCGACUGGUCAAAUUGUUUAG